UCGCACUGUGCGGUCGUGUGUCAGAGUGACAAUCUGUCAAAUACCGAUAAUCCAUCGUAUCCCAUCUGCGCAAGUGUCGUAAGAUGUCUUCACGAUUUCGUUGAAUUAAUCAACCAGUUGAAGUGAACCGGAAAAACUGUGAAAAGCGGAAGGGACUGACAGAAAAUUGUGAGAACCGUUGAGUUUGUGGGGCCGAGUGGAAUAACAACAUUCAACAUUGCCGAGAGUAAGAGCGGAAAAUCGUCUUGAGAUGAUGCACGCGAUGAGCGAACAUGCCGGGGGCCCCGGUCUGGGUGUCGGUGUUCUCCCCUUCGAUGGCAUGGGCCUCUACGAACAGCCCAGGCCCAGAUUCGUCUUCAAGAUGCCCCGGGUCGUACCCGACCAGAAGGCCAAGUUUGAGAGCGACGAGCUGUUCCGCCGUUUGAGCCGCGAGUGCGAGGUGAGAUACACGGGCUUCAGGGAUAGACCCUUGGAGGAGCGUCAGGGUCGUUUCCAAAAUGCGUGUCGCGAGGGUCACACUGAAAUUGCAUUCGCUGCAAUGGGAACUAAUCUACAAUUGACGUUCGGUCCCGCCGCUGGAACCUUCUCCGAGCCGGGACAAUGCGACUUUGACAAGGAGCAUGGCAAGGUGCACAUAAGAUCAAGUCUGAUAAUGAACGGCGUCUGCGUGAGGUGGCGCGGCUGGAUCGACCUGGAGCGUCUGGACGGCGUGGGUUGUCUCGAGUUCGAUGAAGAAGCUGCCGCUCAAGAGGACGCUCAACUUCGCAACCAGUUGACCCGCUACAACGAGCGACUUCGUCAAUUUGAGGAGAAACAACGGGCUUACAGAAAUGCCGCAGCUCAGCCACCGCAUCACAACCACCAUCUCUCCCAUCAUCACCAUCUCGGCCACCACGUAACCGGCAGUGGUACUGUAACCGGUGGCGUCGAGCCGCAUCUCGCUCAUCGACAGGAUCCAGAAAUGGAGGUCAGACUUCGCGCUUACUAAACAUGACAAACAAUAAACGACUUAUUAACCAAAAACGAAAAUAUGAAUAAUAUCAUCGAUUGCAUAACGUCAUUAGAAACAUGGUAGAUGUGUCAUAAAUCGAGAUUACUCACGCGAACUUAGGGUAUAAAUUUGUUGUAUAGUUCUUCUUUUAUGAUUUGUAUAAUUUUCGAGUCGAAGUGCUGGAGGUGACAGGUAGGAGUCAAGUGGUGAAUGAAUUUGUCAAAUUUGACAUUUUUAAGAAUAUUAAACCGUUGUGAUAUGAAGGAUCUUAGGCGAACAUAAGACUGUUUACAUGGAGCACUUGAGUUAGACUAGAGUUGGAGUAACUCUUCGAUGAAAACCCACAAGGCAAAAUUUAUAUUUCGAAAAAUAUAUUAAAAAAUAUCUUAAACUCUCUUAAUUUAUAUUAAAAAAAUAUAU